AUGCAAUGGCCUCCCAACCGUCUACCUGGCAACAUGUCUCAAAUGAGUCUGAAUUCACCCGGCUUCAGCGGCGCCACGCCCAUCCAGCGCCAGCACACGGGAAACGAGAAGAGUGGCAAGGACAAUGUCAUCAGAGAUGGCUGGGCCAAGGUGAAGGAAGACGGCAUGCUGAAAGGCAUGUUCUGGAGCGAGAAGUACCUCGUCCUGAGGGAAUACCAGCUCGACUUCCUGAAGAGCAACAGCUCGCCCAAGGUAUCCUUCACCAUCUACCUUCGCGACGUGACCAACAUCCAACGGUCGGAGGACUACCCGUUUUCCUUUGAGAUCAUCCGGACCGCCGCCACAGCUAACAACGGCCAAUCACCGCCGCGCGACGGCCCUACGAAGCAGCUGAUUUGCAAGGUCGAAACGGACGACGAGGUUUACGCCUGGAUCGAUUCCAUCUACCAGCGCUGUCCCAGCAUGGGCGGCGUGUCUAACCCCACCAACUUCACCCACAGAGUUCAUGUCGGCUUCGACCCCACGAGCGGUGCGUUCGUCGGUCUGCCGCAAGAAUGGGAGAGACUCCUCACAGCCUCCGCAAUUACCAAGGACGACUACCAGAAGAACCCCAAGGCCGUGCUUGAGGUCCUCGAGUUCUACACCGAGAAGCUGGUCAAGCGCUCCGAAGAUCCCGCCCAGUUCUCGAGCCUCACCCCCACGCCCGGUGCCGAACCUAACAAGCAGCUCGGCUACUCUUCGAGUGGUGCGUCCGUCGCCGGUCCUCGCCCCGGCCCCCCGAACGGUUUCCAGCGCCAAGACAGCUACGGCACGACCAAAUCUCAGGCCAGCGGCAACAGCCAGCAGUCUUCGUACCAGCAGGCCCAGGCUGACGCCCGUCUUGAGGAAGAGAGGCGCCGCAGGAAGGAAGAGGAGCGCAGACAGCGCGAGCGCGAGGAUCAGCGCCGCGAGGCUGAGAGGAGGGAACGCGAAGAGCUGGCAGCGUACAAUGCCUCCCUCCCCCAGAAGUCGGUACCAAUGGCUAAGCAAGAGCUUGGCGGCUAUGGCGACGACAGCGACAGCAGCCCUGCCCGCUCGCAGCAGGACCGCUACAAUCCUUCCCGCGCCGCGCCUCCAGCACCUACCGCCAACAAGCAGCCUCCCGGAUCGCUCCGCCAGAUGGCCGCCCAGCGUCCCGCGCCUCCGGCGCCUAAGACCCAGAACGGAUACCAGGGCAGCGCCCAGACGAAGAUUCCGACGAAGCCCCAGCAAUCUUCCCAGCAGAGGUACCCCCCAGGACAAGGUCCAGGUCACACGCGUAGUCCUAACGGUGCAAGUGCUAGUAGUCAAGCGCGUGGUCCCGCUGCGCCCAAGCCGCUCAACAUCGCAACGAAGCAGCCGACCGGCGCUCCGAAGAACGAUGCCGUCAAGGCCGCCGAGGCCGCGCUCACGAAGAAGGAAGACCCUCCGACGCGCAAGGAGGUCCGUAUGUCGGCCAUGUCCGAGGGUGAGGUUAUGGCGAAGCUGCGUGAGGUUGUCUCCAAGGAGAAGCCGCUUGAGUCGUACAACAAGCAGAAGAAGAUUGGCCAGGGCGCGUCCGGCUCCGUUUACGUUGCCAGGAUUCGCGAGAAUGCGCCUUCGCGGACUGCCAAGAGGCUGCUUGCUGAGCACGGACCCAGGGCUCAGGUCGCCAUCAAGCAGAUGGAUCUCCGCAAUCAGCCCCGCAAGGAGCUCAUUGUCAAUGAGAUUAUUGUCAUGAAGGACUCGGUCCAUCCCAACAUCGUCAACUUCUUGGAUGCUUUCUUGCAGGAGGAGGCUUCGGAGCUCUGGGUCGUCAUGGAGUUCAUGGAGGGAGGUGCUCUCACAGAUGUCAUUGACAACAACCCGUCAAUCACUGAGGACCAGAUUGCAACCAUCUGUCUUGAGACUUGCAAGGGUCUCGAGCACCUCCACAACCAGAACAUUAUCCACCGUGAUAUCAAGAGUGACAACGUUCUUCUUGAUGGCCGUGGCAACGUUAAGAUCACCGAUUUCGGUUUCUGCGCCAAGCUUACGGAGCAGCGCAGCAAGCGUGCUACCAUGGUCGGUACUCCGUACUGGAUGGCACCCGAGGUCGUCAAGCAGAAGGAGUACGGCAGCAAGGUUGAUAUCUGGUCUCUCGGUAUCAUGGCGAUCGAAAUGAUCGAGUCUGAGCCUCCUUACCUCAACGAGGAGCCGCUCAAGGCACUCUACCUGAUUGCCACCAACGGAACGCCGCGCCUCAAGAAGCCCGAGAAGCUUUCGAAGGAGCUCAAGGCUUUCCUGAGCGUCUGUCUCUGCGUGGACGUCCGCUCUCGUGCGACUGCCACGGAGCUGCUCAGCCACGAGUUCCUGAAGAAUGGAUGCGGCCUGACUGGCCUCGGCUCGCUUCUCGCUUUCCGUAAGGGCUCUUCCCACUAG